GCCUUUGCUGUCCCUCUAGGUCCCUAUUGCUGUGGAGUUGGUGCAGACAAAGUCUAUGGACGGGACAUUGUGGAAAGCCACUACAAAGCCUGCUUGUAUGCUGGCAUCAAAAUCUGUGGCACAAAUGCUGAAGCUAUGCCAUCACAGUGGGAGUUCCAGACUGGACCCUGUGAAGGGAUUGAUAUGGGUGACCACCUUUGGAUGGCCCGCUUCAUUCUACACAGAGUAUGUGAGGACUUUGGUGUCGUGGCAUCUCUAGACCCAAAACCCAUGACUGGCAACUGGUACGGGGCUGGAUGCCACACAAACUACAGCACGGAAGACAUGAGGAAGGAGGGAGGACUGAAACACAUUGAAGAGGCCAUUGAGAAGCUAGGCAAGCGUCACAACUGCCACAUAUGUGUCUAUGACCCAGGAGGUGGCAAGGACAACUCUCGGCGCCUCACGGGGCAGCACGAAACCUCCAACAUCCAUGAAUUCUCAGCUGGUGUGGCAAACCGUAUCCCACGUCAGGUUAGACAGGAAGGCUUUGGCUACUUUGAAGACCGCCGCCCAGCAGCCAACUGUAACCCCUAUGCUGUUACAGAAGCCCUGGCCAGGACAAUCAUUUUGAAUGAAACAGGCAGUGAAACUAAAGACUACUGGAAAAAUUAA